AUGGGCUCAGUGCCCCAACCUGUGUUUGGUCAGUGGUUUGGGAUUGAGAAACUAGUCAGGGAGUGCCAAAAUGGAGACAACGAGAACAUACAACCGAAUGAGAUUGUCAAUAUCCAAAGCAAAGUAUCUGAACCGGGAGAAGAGCAUUCCCUCUUGAUAGAAUCAGACAGCAUUGAAAAGCGUAUUGAGGAACUAAAACGGAUCCAGUGCCGACAUAAGGACCAUGAAAUCGAUUAUCUUGAGAAGAGAGCUAAAUUGAAGGAUGAUUACCUCAAUGGUUGUAAAGUCGUGCAUGAGCAAGGGUGGAACGAGUUUUUACUUUCUAAAUUGAAGACAACUGAAGUUCUUGCCGAUGAGGACUGGCGGUUGAUUCAUCCUGUUAGCUACAGGGUGAAAAAGUAUCGUGUGCUAAAGCGAGACUUUUUACGGGAAAGAGCUAGAUUAGAGGCAAAAUACCAAAACUGGUUCCGGGAUCUGUACAAGGAGAGGUUUGAGAUUGUGAAUGGUGCAACUGAAGUUAGAGAACUAAAUACUAAAGGAGGAGUGCCGGAGUUUUGGCUCAAAGCAAUGAAAAACAAUGAAGUCCUUGCCGAUUACCGAGCGUGAUGAAGGGGCUUUGAAGUACCUACAAGAUAUAGAGUGGAGGAGGUUAGGGAGUCGUGCGAGAGGGGGUUUCGAGCUGAAGUUCAUAUUUGCUCAUAAUCCAUAUUUUGAAAAUUCUUCCCUCUUAAAACAAUUCACGCAUGAGCAAACAUCUGCGUCAGAGAUCAAUUGGCGUCAUGGUCAAAGCUUGACACAUAAGCUUAUAGUGAAGCCAGGAA